ACGCAGUGGAUCAGAGCAUCCGUGCGUUUCUUGGUCUCAUGGACGCCGAUCCAAGUGAGUAUGCCAACUACUGGGAGAUCAAGUGUCUCCUAGACGCGGAGGAGCUCUGCAGCUUGGGAUUUGAUGAAACCUUGUCCGGGUACUGCAACUCCAGCUCGCCGGACAUGGCCGCUCAUUCGGCGCUACCGAAUACCAUCAUCAUGGAGCGGGAACGGAGGAAAAAGCUCAACAGAAAGCUGUACAAUCUCCGGAGUGUAGUCCCCAACAUGACAAAGACGAGCAAGGCGUCGAUAAUCUUCGACGCGAUCAACUACAUCCAACAGCUCCAAGAGCAAGAGAGAUCACUGCUGAAAGAGAUAUCGGAGCAGGAGUCUCACAGGAAGAGAGUUGCACCGGUCGAUGGACAGCUUUGCCGUGCACAAGCGAAGAAGUGGAGAACGGCGCCACGGAGCUCGUGCAGUGCCGAACUUGAGUUGCCGAUGAUGCCGUCCGUGGAAGCGAUGGAAGUCAGCGUGCGUGAGUUGGGCAAUGGGAUCUCUGUCAUCAUCAUCACUUGCAGCAAGAAGAGGCAUGCCAUGGUUCGCGUGUGUGAGGUCGUCGAGUCUCUCGAUCUCAGGAUCGUCGCUGCCAGUGUCGCGUCUAGAUCCGGAAUGGUCUUCCACACUCUAAUGGUCGAGGUUGAUGGAGGGCAGAGUGCUCAUCUGAAGGAAAAGAUCGAAGCCACCUUCGAGCAUUUGAUGCCUCGAGAAGCCACUGCAUCAUUUCGUGAAGCCGAUCCAAAUAUUACAAGACCGAGAACUCCAUUGUUCUACUCAUAGGAUGACAGAUCCAAGAGUUUGAGCAUGUAUGAUCAGCUGCUAUGUUUCUGUGAAUCCAAGUGUAUCGGAUCAUUGCUGAGCUAGCUAGAGAUCCUGCAAUGUAAAAGACAAGGAUGUUAAGAGGUUGUCGAAUAGGUCUCAACAUUGCAGUGCACCAAACAAUAAAAUGAAUGAUGUAGAAGCACUUGUAUUAGGAGUCUCUAGUUUUAGGAGAUGAAAUAAAGAAUGCAUUAACGUAAUCAUGUUAUUAUACAUUCUACCACAAUUUAUGUGUUAUGGUGUCUGAGAUAAAAAAGUGUUUCUUGCAUUGCAUCUA